ACAGAAUGUUAGUGACGUCAUAAAACGUCAAGUCAAUCGAAAUUUUAUAUGUAUCCACCUGAUAAAUUGAUAAUAUUAAUUCCUUCAAUGCUUGCUAAACUUUUGUCUGUUUUUAAUUUGCGUUUUUUUGUUGAUUAAUGUUGUUCUACGGACCCAUUGUGUGACUGCGUUAAGGCGUACUUAGCAAGAAGAAGAUUACUUAACUGUAUAAAUGCCGUGACGAACAUUGAUUAAAAUGAGUAAAAUGUCGAAGAAUAAAUUAAACCUGACCCUCCCACCAGGGUCUAUAGAUACGGCUCCAGCAGUUACACCGUCUAAUAUGACACCACAACUGAAAUCAGCUACUGGUUCAGAACGACAAGGGUUAGCCGGAAAAUCUAAGACAAGCAUUGAAGCUCUAACUGAACGAUUGGAGCAAAUAGAAAUGGACGACACACAGAGACGUAGAAUAGAAGUUUUCCUGUGCCAGAAAGAGAAGAUUGGCGAAUUAAGCGAUGAUGACUUUGAAAAGCUUGGUGAACUAGGCCAAGGAAACGGUGGCGUGGUGAUGAAAGUGCGACACAAGUCCACGGGUCUCAUCAUGGCAAGGAAAUUAAUCCAUCUUGAAGUGAAGCCAGCUAUUAAGAAACAGAUUAUAAGAGAACUAAAAGUACUUCACGAAUGUAACUUCGCUCACAUUGUCGGUUUCUAUGGAGCGUUUUAUAGCGAUGGCGAAAUAUCAAUUUGCAUGGAAUAUAUGGACGGUGGAUCGUUAGAUUUGAUAUUGAAGAAAGCUGGAAGGAUUCCUGAGUCAAUUUUAGGAACAAUCACAUCGGCAGUAUUGAAGGGCCUCAGCUACCUGCGGGACAAGCACGCGAUCAUGCAUCGUGACGUGAAACCGUCCAACAUUCUCGUGAACAGCAAUGGGGAAAUUAAGAUAUGCGAUUUUGGUGUGUCCGGCCAACUCAUCGAUUCCAUGGCGAAUUCCUUUGUGGGCACGCGAAGCUAUAUGUCGCCGGAACGUCUGCAAGGCACCCACUAUUCGGUGCAAUCUGAUAUUUGGUCACUUGGUCUCUCUUUGGUCGAGAUGGCUAUAGGCAUGUACCCUAUUCCACCGCCCGAUGCGAAGACAUUAGCUGCUAUAUUUGGUGGACAGAAUGAGGAUCACUCUCCCGGCCAGGCGCCGAACUCGCCUCGUCCAAUGGCGAUAUUCGAGCUGCUGGACUACAUCGUGAACGAGCCGCCGCCCAAGCUGCCCGGCGGCGUGUUCUCCGACGAGUUCACCGACUUCGUGGACCGAUGUCUCAAGAAGAACCCGGACGAAAGGGCCGACCUCAAGACGCUGAUGAACCACGAGUGGAUCCGCGGCGCGGAGGCGGAGCGCGUGGACAUAGCGGGCUGGGUGUGCAAGACGAUGGACCUCAUGCCCUCCACACCCAACUCCAAUGUGUCUCCUUUUUCUUCAUAAGCUGCAAGAAGUGCAUACUUUCAUCAGCGAAAAAGGGUCAAAACAUUUCCCAAGAGAAAGCGGGCGAGACAAUCAGUGAGGACGCUGGCGCAGAGUAGCUGCCCCCAACAGGCCGCAGUAUGUCAACUCUAGACAACCAUUACACACCAACAAUCAACCAAACAAACAAACAACCGACCAACCGACCAACUGACCAACCAACCGAUCAACCGAACUCAUGUAGAGACGAACCUAUGCCUACUCUAAAACCCGGGCACUUAUAAAUUUGCUUUUACGUUUUGUCUUCCCGAUAUAUCGAAGUUGUUUACAUUGCGGGUAUAUUAUUGAAUCGAGAUUUACGUUACUUCAGAUUUUGUUGAACGAGUAUCGAAUGUUUUCUUAUAGCAUCUCGUCUCUAUAAAACAUAUUGCAUUUAUAUGACAAUAUAAUUGGACGUCCUUCGCGAUGUUAACUUAUCGAGAUCCGUUCGCUUAUUGGAGUCAUGUAUUUCGUACGGAAAAUUCUGGGAAAUGAUGUGGCGGCGACGCAGGGCUCGCGGGGCCCUCGCGGAGUUCACAACGCUUCGUCACCAUAUGCGGCGCUAUAUGGUGCGGCGGAAGCGAGACGGUGAGCGAAGCCGACAUUUCCGACACAGGGUGUGAUACUAAAACAUAGUGCAUUCGCGGACAAACUAAUCGAGGGGGUUCUUCAACGAACUAAAACAUCUAAUCGAUUAAUGGUCAAGUAGAGUUGAUUUCACUAGUUGCAAGUCGAAAAAAUUGUUAGUAGUGUUUUGACAUAUUUUUCUUUGCUGAAAGUGCGUAAUUCAUGUCAGCUGGUAAAUGUUAUUAAAAUAGUUAAGGUGUCCCCCACUAAUGUGGCGGCAUCGAGCCCCGGAAUACUCAAACGCGCCGCCGCCGCGCCGCGUGGGAGCGUUCCGGGACUCCACACUCAUCUAGUUAUCUUGUAAACGAAUGCGUUUUCUAGAAAAUACACGAAUAAAAAAUAUAUAAACGAAAAAAAAAAAAAAUCGAAAAAAUUUUACUUCGUAGAUACGUUUUUUUUUCUAUUUUUGACGUGAUGCACUUUAACCCGUUUGAUUUGUUUUAUUCGCUUUGUUUUAGUGAGCCCCGCCUUUUAUACCCAUAAUGCACCUAGUACGUAGGCGACGCGCUACCGCAAUGUGUGUCGAACGAAACGAUUGAGAAUGAAUGAUUUUCGUUCGAUUCGUGCGAUUGAAUGAAAAUCAUUAGCACCUCCAUACAUUGUUGUAGUACAUUUAUUCAAUUUAGAGCACUAAUUAAGUCCCGUGUGUAUUGCAUGUUCGCUUGGUGGUCGCUAUUUUUUUGCCCCGUCUUCCCGUUUAGAGGUUAGUUUGUGAUAUUUAUUAUAUUCAUGCUUGUAUGAAACUUUUCAGCAUAUGAAACGAACUAUUUACGAAUAACGCCGAAAUGUUAUUUAGAUAGGCACCUAUACAUAUAAGGUCUCAUCUGUUAUAAUUUAAUUGCUGGUACUAUCAGUGCCAAUGAAGUUUAUUCCUCGUAUUUAUUAUACACUUUCAUAGUAAUGAAAGUUUGAAUGUUAAUAAUAGAUCGGUGUUUCCCAUUUUUUUUUUUAUUUAUCAAUUCGCUAUGCGAUCACUGAUUGUUAAAAUUUUUAAUGUUAAAAACAUUGAUGAAAUAUGUAGAGACGGUAAAUUGAAACUUUAGUAAAUUAAUAAUUAACCAUUUUUAGCAACCGUUAGAAAUUCAUGGCAUUUAAAAAAAAAGUUAGUUUUUAUGUAUUUUUGUUGUAAAUAUUUUUAAUUCGUAUUAUGUUCACGAAAUGUUUAGGCUUCAAAUCCAUUUUAACUAGGUUAUCUAUGCAUUUAUAUGUAGAAAUAAAGGUUGUUAUUAUAAUUAUGUUAGGUUUUUAUUACAGGGUCAUAAUACAGUCAUCUAUGCAAACAACGUUGGCUAUUUGCGCGUUUUUCGAUUAGCAAACACAGAUUAUUAAAAUAAAUCGUAGCUCGUUGACAAAUUUGGAGAAUUUAAUUAUUUUUGCAGAAUUUUUGGUAACAUUUGACAGUAACUACGACACUUGCGCAGUUUUAUAUGACGGAGAUAUUUUCAAGUUGAAAGUGUCGAUCUCAGAAGGAGAUAACAACAUAAUAACAUGUAUGCAUAUACUUUAUUUACAACUAAAAUGUUACUCAUUUAUUUCUGCACAUUUUAAUCGUAUUUCAUUUUGAACUGGUAACACUGACCCCGCAUUUUUUGUGUAAUUUUGAACGGUGUUAUCAUAUCAAAAUAAUUUUGUCUAUUUUAAAUGUUACUAGAUUAAACAUGUAUUAUUACUGAAUGAGUAGACAUUGUCGAUGAACAAAUCUCUGUUUUUAUUAUUAUUGUAUCUAGGUGUAGCAUUCGUAUUAUUUUGUAGUUAGCUUCUUUUUAGGUUACAUGUACAAAUAAAUGUUAAUGGAAAACA